GCGCCACCGCAUCUUCUCCACGUUGCGAUCUGAGACGCACCUGAGCGCACGAUGUCUGGCCAGCGCUGCGUAAUCUCCGCCCGCAUCAUCGGAGCCCUGCACCGGGACGCGCCCAAACUCAAAAUGUUCAUGAUAUCUGUGUCAUGGUCUGACCAGAGUGAAGUGAUUGUUUACAGGUCCUUUCAUGAUUUCAAGAAAUUCCAUGGGCAGCUGAAAAAGAAGUUCCCCACUCUGAGUCUGUUUCAGAAAAGCGACCGGAUGAUCCCCAAAUUUAAAUUAAAAGCCAUAAAAAGCAGCAUGCCGCAGAAAGGAUUCAACCGAUCGAUUCAACGCCUGAGGUUCCUGGAGAGCUACUGUGCCAAGCUGCUGCAGUGUGACUUGACCGUGAUUCAGAGUUCAGAGGUCACGCAGUUCUUCAUGCCCAAGGAUCACGACCUGCAGCCAGAUUUCACCAAGAACAGCUUCAUGCUUGUGCUCUCCGACGGCGUGUCAGGUGAUGGGGGCCAAGAUGGCACCCGGCAACUCCAAUCCAACAUCACGCACCCGUUAAUCACUCAGACGUACUGCUGCGUGGCCGAGUAUGAGACAAAGGACACCAAGAACCGUCCUUUUAAAGUCGCCAUGGAUGAGAAGCUGGACGUUCUCAUCAAAGAUCCUGCAGGUUGGUGGCUGGUAGAGAAUGAAGAAAAACGUCUGGCUUGGUUCCCUGCACCCUACCUGGAGUUACGGGACCAGGAGGAAGAUGAAGUCCAGGGAUUUCCACAGGGAGCCUCUCUGUACUGCGCUGUCAAGACUUACUCCACUAAGGAAGCUGAUGAGGUGUCUGUGGUCAUCGGAUCUGUGGUGGAAGUGCUCAGGAAGUCUGACAACGGCUGGUGGCUCAUCAGAUUCAGUGGUAAAGUGGGUUAUAUACCCUCCAUGUACCUCCAACCUUACAGCAACCCUCGUGCGGGUCUCUACAGCAUGCAGAAGAAGCUGCAGAGCUCCACUCUGACCCUUAGCCAGACGGGAGUUUCUUAUCCGCCCAGCGACAAUAAAGAAAGCAAAUUUCAGCGAAAAAGUGAGGGAGACGUGCACGCGUUCCUCCAUAAGGCCCGAUCCGUGGACGUCCUCUCUGACAGCUGGGCCCAGAAUCCACUGCCUAUCCAGACGGAUGACAGCACCGCGGAUAAGACUUUCCGCAAAAUGAGCACCGCCUCCAGCGUCUCCACCUACAGCAACUACUCCACCUCCAGUUUAGGGGAGGAGGAUCUGAGCAGCAGCCUCAAUCUGAGUCACAUCAGCCUGGGUUUUGCCAGUUGUCUCUCAGUACGGCCCAAAAGCAGCCAGGGGAGCCCCACUCCUCCCACGGUGCCGCCGAGACCUAAGACCGAGGAGAUCCUCACCCGCUGCACCACCAUGACCCGCAAGGCAGCAAGGGCCACCAAGAUGAGGAUCCAGUCUCAAGAAGAGUCCAUCCAAAGCCGCUAG